AUGUAUAAAUCACGGUACGGUUACACACCCACAGCAAUCCUGAAGCCCCAAAACGACGGCAUUUUGCCCCUUUUACAAUGUCCGAGGUUGAACCACACCCGAUAUGGAUAUCUUGAUACCAAGGCCACGAACUCGACAAAGUAUUUCUUCGCCUUGGACAUUCGUCAGCGGGCAGAUCUUCUACCCAGGCUCAUGGGUUCGAUCGUGGAAGCUAUGUGCUUUCUCGGCCCUGCAAGAUGUUCCCUCUCAGUUGUAGAAGGCCACUCGAACGAUGGCACGCUCGAGACGUUGACAUUACUGGGAAGACAUAUUGGGAAGAUGGGCGGGAAGUAUCACUUCGUCUCAAGUGACAUCGACUCGCUGGCCGGCGAUCGCAUUAGUAAAUUGGCACAACUUCAUAACCUAGCACUCCAACCGUUACCACGCGAUUCAAAUCUCGCCCACACUUCAGUUGUGUUCUUGAACGACGUGUCGAUCUGCAUGGAGGACAUUCUAGAACUAAUACAUCAGCGUCUUGUUCAGACAGCCGACAUGACUUGCGGAAUGGAUUGGGUCAAUCUAUGGAAAGAUUUUACCUUCUACGAUGUCUGGAUUGCGCGGAGCAUGAACGGAGAUUCUUUCUUCGAGAUCCCUUCCGAUGGGAAUUGGAAUUCAGCCUGGAAUCUGUUCUGGGACGAUCCACGUGCACACGAACGCUUUAACACUCAUCGACCCUUCCAAGUUUUCGCAUGCUGGAACGGCACUGCCGUAUUUACGGCAAACGUCCUGGAGAAGAUCAGCUUCCGCCAGUCACAUGAAGAUGAAUGCCAUCAAGGAGAGCCGUCCCUUUUCUGCAAGGACAUGUGGUAUCAUGGUAUGGGAAGGAUUGCCGUAGUGCCGUCGGUCAAUCUAGAAUACUCCGACGAGGCCGGGAAACAGAUCAAAGAACUGAAAGGAUACGUUUUUGAUUGGGUACAAAAGGAAGAAAGCGAGCAAUUGAUUGAGUGGGAAGCAAUGCCCCCAAAGCGGGUAAAGUGUAUGAAAAAUUACGGAGAACAGGAAUGGCUGCCGUGGGACGAAGGUUUAUAG